AUGGCAGGAAAAGUGAAAUGGGUCACUGAUAUCGAGAAGUCAGUGUUGAUCAAUAACUUUGAAAAGAGAGGAUGGGUCCAAGUGACGGAAAAUGAAGAUUGGAAUUUUUACUGGAUGAGCGUGCAAACCAUCCGAAAUGUGUUCAGCGUUGAAACCGGAUAUCGGCUCUCAGAUGAUCAAAUAGUCAACCACUUCCCGAACCACUAUGAACUGACCCGCAAGGAUCUGAUGGUGAAGAACAUUAAAAGAUACAGGAAGGAGCUAGAGAAGGAAGGGAGUCCGCUGGCAGAAAAGGAUGAAAAUGGAAAAUACCUCUACCUGGACUUCGUUCCGGUCACCUACAUGCUGCCCGCCGACUACAACCUGUUCGUGGAGGAGUUCAGGAAGAGCCCGUCCAGCACCUGGAUCAUGAAGCCUUGUGGCAAAGCCCAGGGAAAGGGCAUCUUUCUUAUCAACAAGCUCUCACAGAUCAAAAAGUGGUCUCGGGACAGCAAGACGUCUUCGUUUGUGUCUCAGUCUACUAAAGAAGCCUACGUGAUCUCUCUCUACAUUAACAACCCGUUACUAAUUGGUGGGAGGAAGUUUGAUCUGCGCUUGUACGUCCUGGUGUCCACGUAUCGCCCGCUGCGCUGUUACAUGUACAAGCUUGGGUUCUGCCGGUUUUGCACGGUGAAGUACACCCCAAGUACCAGCGAGCUGGACAACAUGUUCGUGCAUCUCACCAACGUGGCCAUUCAGAAACACGGGCCCGUGAUGAACAACGACAAGCACUGCUUUGAAUGCUACGGCUACGACAUCAUCAUCGAUGACAAGCUGAAGCCCUGGCUGAUCGAGGUCAAUGCGUCCCCGUCUCUCACCUCCAGCACUGCCAACGACCGGAUCCUUAAGUAUAACCUGAUUAAUGACACCCUCAACAUCGCGGUCCCUAACGGUGAAAUUCCAGACUGCAAAUGGAACAAGUCCCCCCCAAAGGAAGUUCUUGGCAAUUACGAAAUUCUGUACGACGAGGAACUGGCCCAGGGUGACGGGGCUGACCGAGAGCUGCGGAGUCGUUCGGGCCAGUCGCUGGGGCCCAAAGCGAACCGAUCGAGAGACUCAGGGAGAACUGUCCUCACAACCUGGAAGUGA